GAAGGAGGGUGCCGCCGGCUCGCCCCAUCAUCCCGCCAGCCCCUGACCAGAGAUGCGCCUGCAGAGCCAGCGCCCUACCCUGCGGUGCCCGCUGCCCCCCAACGCCAGCCCCCCACCCCGCACCCCUUCCGCUGCCCCCUGGCCUGCACCAUGACAGGGGUCCUGCCGGUUUCCUGCGGAGGGGUGCGUGGCAGGUGGGGGGGCUUCAGCUGAGGAAUGGCCUCGCUGGACCUGCCAUACCGCUGUCCGCGCUGCGGGGAACACAAGCGUUUCCGGAGCCUCUCCUCCCUGCGAGCCCACCUGGAGUACAACCACACCUAUGAGACCCUCUAUGUCCUGUCCAAAACCAACAGCAUCUGCGAUGCCGCCGUCUUCCCCCUGGCAUCCGACACCACCCUGCUGACCCCGGCGGUGCGCCGGGACUACUUCGAGAGCACGUCCUUCCAGGGCAAGGAGCAGCGCUUCACCUGCGACCUCAUCCCGGCUGACGAGCUGGAGCCGGCCUCCUCACCGCGCUACGUGCACGAGAUCGAGAUCCCGCUGACCGAGAUCUUCACCCGCAAGGCCAUGAGCUCAGCCGGCACGCCCCCCGCCAGCGCUGCAGCCGCGGCCGCCGCGGUGGACGCCGUCUACGAGGAAGGCUUGACCCGCCUGAAGAUCCGGGCUUUUGAGAAGCUGGAGGUGGACAAGCGGCUGGAGAAGCUGACGGAGGAGGUGGAGCAGAAGAUCGCCUCCCAAGUGGGCCGGCUCCAGGUGGAGCUGGACCGGAAGAGCUCUGAGCUGGAGAAAGCCAAGCAGGAGAGCGUGAGGCUGAGCCGGGAGAAGCAGGAGCUGGAGGACCGGGCCACCGAGCUGUCCCGGCAGGUGGACGUCAGUGUGGAGAUGCUGGCGUCUCUCAAGCAGGACUUGGUGCUGAAGGAGCAGGAGCUGACCCAGAAGCAACAGGAGGUCAUCCAGAUAGACCAGUUCCUGAAGGAGACGGCAGCCCGCGAGGCCAACGCCAAGGUGCGGCUCCAGCAGUUCAUCGAGGAGCUCCUGGACCGGGCCGACCGGGCAGAGAAGCAGCUCCAGAUCAUAAGCAGCAGCUGCAGUACCACCCCCAAUGGCAGCCUGGGCAGGUGCAGCGCUCCUGGCUCCAAGGGCCCAAGCCGACAGCGGGACAGGCACCCCGGCUCAGGGGCAGCUGUGCACAGCUCCUACGUUGUUUCCAAUCAGAGGUCCUCCUCCAGCACUGGGGCCUCCAGCCGGGUGAAGGCCGUCUCCCAGAGCUCCGGCUGCUACGACAGCGACAGCGCUGAGCUGUACCCGACGGACGAGACCGCUGACGGGCACCACUACCAGGGCCGCGGUGUAGAUGGUGGCUUUGAGCGGCCCGGGGUAGCCCGCAGCUCAGGGCUGCGCAGACAGGCCAUCCAGAACUGGCACCGGCGGCCCUACCGCAACAGCACCGAGGGCGAGGAGGGUGACAUCUCCGACGUGGGCUCCCGCACGACUGAGUCGGAGGCGGAGGUGUGGGAGCAGGAGCCCCGGCUCCCCACCGAGGCUCAGCAAGCCAAUGCCGCGAGGCCCAUGAGCAGCUGCAGGCUGACGGCCAGGUCCGAGGGGGGUGCCGGGAAGGCCGUCAGGCCCGAGAAGGGCAGCCCGUGCCGCUCCAAUGAGGUGAUCAGCCCUGAGAUCCUCAAGAUGCGGGCGGCACUCUUCUGCAUCUUCACGUACCUCGACACCAAGACCCUACUGCGGGCUGCCGAGGUCUGCAAGGACUGGAAAUUCGUGGCGCGGCACCCGGCUGUGUGGACCCGCGUGCUGCUGGAGAAUGCCAGGGUGUCCUCGAAGUUCCUGGGCAUGCUGUCUCAGUGGUGCACCCAGACCCACUCCCUCACCCUCCAAAACCUCAAGCCACGGCAGCGGGGCAAGAAGGAGAGCAAGGAGGAGUACAUGAAAAGCACACGGGGCUGCCUUGAAGCUGGGCUGGAGUCCUUGCUGAAGGCCACGGGCAGCAACCUGCUAAUCCUCCGCAUCUCUCACUGCCCCAACAUCCUGACAGAUCGCUCCCUCUGGCUGGCCAGCUGCUACUGCCGGGCUCUCCAGGCCGUCACCUAUCGGAGUUCGACAGACCCUGUGGGUCACGAAGUCAUCUGGGCGCUGGGAGCUGGCUGCAGGGACAUCAUCUCUUUACAGGUGGCACCACUACACCCUUGCCAGCAGCCAACCCGUUUCAGCAACCGCUGCCUUCAGAUGAUCGGGCGAUGCUGGCCGCACCUGCGCGCGCUGGGUGUGGGGGGCGCUGGCUGCGGCGUUCAAGGCCUGGCAUCUUUAGCCCGGAACUGCAUGCGGCUGCAGGUGCUGGAGCUCGACCACGUGACGGAAAUUAACCAAGAGGUGGCGGCCGAGGUGUGUCGGGAGGGCCUGAAAGGCCUGGAGAUGCUGGUGCUGACCUCCACGCCGGUCACCCCCAAAGCUCUGCUGCACUUCAACAGUGUCUGCCGGAACCUGAAGUCCAUCGUGGUGCAGGUGGGCAUCAUGGAUUACUUCAAGGAGCCAAACAGCCCUGAAGCCAGGAAGAUGUUUGAGGAGAUGGUGAACAAGCUCCAGGCCCUGAGGAAAAGACCUGGCUUCUCCAAGAUCUUGCACGUCAAGGUGGAAGGAGGCUGCUAGCCUUGCAGGGGGAGACAAUGUGCCUCCUCCUCCAACGCCGUGAGACCAAACUGUCCGUCCGCCGUUCGUCCCCAGACCCGGCGCCAUGGAGAAGCCGACCAGCGCGCAAGACUUUCACGGGCCUUCGUGACUGGCAGCGUCGCGCUCCCUCGCCGGGGAUGGACGGAGAGUGUCGCAUGGGCGGGAAGGUGCUACAAAACGGGUUUCCUGGACAGGGCUACUCCCGACUUGGCUGAGGGAACAAGGCUCAAAACCCUGCGGCAGCCUGCUGCCAAGGAUCUUCGUUCUGGGAAUGUUUCUUUCUUUGAACUCCAUUUCUUUGUUUUCAUGGGAGCUGGGAAGCUCCGGGACCCGGCCUGCAGGCUCUUGGCUGCGACCGUCCAUCCAAUUGAGCAUCUCUCUCCUCUCCCAUGAAAUGGAAACGGCUAAUUUGAGGCCGGGCCUUGAGCUGGCGAUUCUUGGUUGCACACGUGGCUGCGCAAACGGAGGCCGGGUGGAUUCCUGGGGACCGUCCCGUCAUGGUUUUUAAGGUUGAGAGCGUCUCUGGUGACUCCCGCCUGCUUGUGGGAAGCAAGGCCUGGCAUUGCUGUUUGUUUUACCCGUCUUCAUUUUCAUUUCAAGGAGGAAAACCAAACGUGGGGCAUGUGCCCCCUGGAAACCAGACCAGCAGGCACCGCUGCAACCGCAGAGCACAGAGACCGUCCCUUUUCGUGGGCGGCGGGGAGCUGACGGAGCAGAUGCUGGCUCUCACAGAGACGCCUGCCCGGCCUCAUGCCCUCUUCACCCAGCGAGGAAGCCAAAUCCCCUUCCUGUCAAGGCAAUAAACCAUCUCUUCAAACACCCAACCCCAGGGCCUUUGCCUUGCAGCGACUCAGCUUGCACAAACAUCCUGGGCCCGUCCUCAGGGAAGGGCGCUCGUCUUUCAUCUGGUAUCUCCCUCUGGGCCGAACUGCCUGGCAGGGACAGAGAGGUGGACUGUGCAUUAGAGGGGAGCCAACGUCACACCUCCCAAUCCAUCGCAUGUCCCUCCUGACUAGCUUUAAGCAAGAACCACGUGGCCAAAACCCUGCUCUGUGACGCCCCCGUCCACCCUGAACAGAGAUCGCUGUCCCCAGUCUGUUAUUUCCUUCCAUCAUGGGCCCCCAUUUUUGCCGAUCCUGCUUUUUUUUUGCAAUAGUUAAUCUUGUGGCAGGGAUUUCCAAAAGAAAGGGCUCUUUUGAGAGUAGCCUGGCCAGCUUUGCCUCUAUUUAUCCUCUCCCUCUAGAGGAAAGAUGCCGACCGGUUCCCAUGCCAAGGUUGGUACCGACUGGAGCAGUGUCAUCGGUGCUGGGGGGGAGCUCCGAUCUUAAUCCUUUGCAGCCUUGAUCCUGUAUCGAGGACCCUGCUAUGUGGCCCCAAAGAGUGAUGAAACUAGUCGUGGAAGCACCUCACCUGCUCUGGAAGCAGCGAAGGUAGUUGAUGGGGAACGGGGACUCGUAUUUCAUUCUGUAUCCAGAAGCUGUCAGCCAGCCAGGGGUAGGGCAUGAACCACCCUGGGGAAAUGGGCUCGCAGACCGUGCCAAGAAACCGGCGGCUGGCCUUGGUUGUAGCUCUUGAGGUCUCCAAGCUGUCGGGCAGGAUAUCCCCGGUGAUGGUGUCUGGCACUGCUGGAAGCUGGGUCUUUCUCAGGGCGAGGAGGCUGCAGAGGCCUUGCCAGACAUCAGAGAUCUCUGAACUUUCUUCUCGAUCUACCUUUCUGCCAGGGACCCUUGUGAAACAGGAGUGGGGGACCCCAGAGGUGCCUUUGUCCGGUUCCUGCCUACAAGAGAAGGUCAGAUGAGGCCGGCCCCAUGCAAUAGGCAACGCAUGGCAACUUUGUCCACACCGAUGUCGUGAAGAGGUCUCCACCUCAGAGACCCUCCAGGCUGGAGGAUUUGCAAGAGAAGCGGGGAGCCGCUCAUCUAGGAUCUAAUCAGAAACCAAGCCAAAUUCCCCCCAGCCCCAGUACCCCCAGUGCAAGCCCCUAACACUUUGGCAUUCAGAUUGCAAAGGCAGUUCCUUCCCUAACGAUUGCAAAUGCACCAAACCCAGACGCAGUCACCCUCUAAUGUUGGGUGUUUUGAAAUCUAGGUCCACUUUUCAGAGGCUAAUUAAAUUGUAGCAGUGUAUGGCUGGAAGGGACCUUGUCCAGCCCCCGGCUCUGAGGCAGGGUUGGGUGUACGUUGACCAAUCUCAACAGGUGCUUGCCUACCCUGUCUCCGAAAGCUGGGACGAGGAGCCGUUCUUGGGGGGGCGGGGGGCUGGUUUUGUAACACGUUAUCCUAGAUCAGGGACACCCAGAUUUUCCUUUCUCCUCCAUAUGGAGGUUGUUCUUCACUGCAUAAAAUGGAGCGAUAGAAACUAGAGAAUUGGCAGGUCCCAGCACUACAAGUCCCAGCACGUAGUACUCUCCCUUGCCCUUUGCAGGGGCAUAAAGUUGGAGCUGUGGCAUGCUGAGAUUCGUAGUCCAUGUGGACCACACCUCCGUAGGCAAGACAGCGUGGGCCGUGUUGUUGAGCUACUCCAAUUCGACCGCAGCCUGUGGUUGGGAAGGGACAUGGGGCAAGAAGCGAGGAUUGUCUUGCAGAUGCAAGAUGCCGCAACCAGCAACAAUGCAAAAAAAAAAA